AUUCACUACCUACCGAAGAGCCUUAGCCUGAACAGGACAUUGACCAGGGCACGCUAUUCCAGGCCUAUCUUAACGACAUCGCAUCUCAACACCAUGGCCCAACAACAUCCGACUUCAUCAACAGUCAAGACACGUAUCUUGAUCAUCUCGGACACGCACAAUGUGCAUCCCGCGACAUCCGACAGCGAGGCAAGGAGGCCGUUCAAGCAGCCACUGCCGAAAGCAGACGUGUUGUUGCACUGCGGGGAUCUCACGAUGCAAGGUCUGCUGCAUGAAUAUGAGACCACCCUAGACAUGCUAGCGGGUAUCGAUGCAGAACUUAAGCUUGUCAUAGCCGGGAACCAUGAUAUCAGCCUCGACAAAGAGUUUUACCAUGGUCCGAGCAAGUCCGGGACUAGGAGCAAUGGCAAAAGAAUGCAUUUAAAAAACUACGAAGAAGACAUGCCCGGCAAAGCGAUGGACAUAUGGACCGGAGCAGCCGCGAAAAAAGCAGGAGUAACGUACCUACAAGAAGGCACGCACGCCUUCACGCUGAGCAACGGAGCCAAAUUCACCGUCUACGCCUCGCCGUACCAGCCAGAAUUCUGCAACUGGGCGUUCCCCUACGAGCGCCACGAAGACCGGUUCAACUCUCGCGAGCACUCAGCCCCCGACGCGCAGAACAUCGCGACGACGCCGAUGCCCGCGCAGGCCGGGGCCGUCGACAUCGUGAUGACUCACGGCCCGCCGCUGCGGCGCCUCGACCGCACCGCCUCCGGCCUCGACGUCGGCUGUCCCCAUCUGCUGCGCGCGGUGCAGCGCGUUCGGCCGCGCCUGCACUGCUGGGGCCACAUCCACGAGGCGUGGGGCGCGGAGCGCGUCACGUGGCCUGUGGAUGGGGGUGAGGAUGGCGAAAGCCUCCGCGCUGAGAGCGUGCCUGUGGUGUCGGAAGAGGUGCUGCAGGGAAGGGCGGCACGGCUGGAUGUGAGCGAGGGUGCGGAGAGGCCCUUGAAAGUCGGCGAGGAGACGGUCAUGGUUAAUGCCAGUAUUAUGGAUUUGAGCUAUGCGCCAGUUAACGCGCCAUGGCUAGUUGAGAUGGAUCUACCCGCUGUUUGAUGCACAGCCCCUGCAUUAGCGCGCGUGCUAUCAUGGUGAGCCGAAGUUGCGGGUCAUGUAGGUUAGAAGAUGUCACCACUUUGAGUUAGGGCUGGGAGGCUGAUAUCAUCAAGCGACUAUCGAGGCCACUUUUGACCUUGAGUUCAUCAUAUUCUCCGCUUCUACCCUUUCGUCGAGGCAGUGCUUAACAGUGCCGCCGACUUUUGUGCUAAGAAGAGGUUGUAUAUAUUCAAUAGGGCGCCUUUGCAUAGGACAGAUUGCAGGCGUGGGUCACAAAACCUGUCGAACUAUCCAGGGUACAAAGGGUAGGCACUAAGAGUGACCAUAAUCAAUUGGUACCUGGACCUCAAUGUUUACAAAUCCCAAGAAAAUUUUGGUCACUUCGAAGGUAUAAGAUCGUGCUUUUCUGUUCUCUUUUUCGACCUUCCCUCCAAAC